UACCCAAACUUUUGCUUAAACAGUAUCAAAUUAGACGAGGAAUCAUAAUACCAACGUUGUUAACACCAUUUCAUUGCAGAAACGAAGGAUUCAUCAUCUCACCGAUUGCUUCCUAUUAACAAAUAACACUGUUGACGCACUGCGACUUUAUUUAAGCUAAUGUAUUAUUGUACUAUGUCACAGCAAUUACCAAACAUUCUCAUUGGCCUUCGCUAUUAUCGGUCUCCUAAAAUUACAAGGUUGAUAAAAAUGAUACAACAACCAAGUGCCACUUAAUUUACGAAUGAAAUUUCCGUGUUCCCUCGUCCAAACAAACAGCAGCUACUCGAUGAUGGUAAUAAAUCGUUCGUAAUGGGUUGUUCAUAUGUUCCGAUAUCGCUGUAAGCGUAGGCUUCUAAAGCCCACCUUUGUCCGUUUAGCACGUGAUCUGAGAAUCCGAGCUGAUAAAACUGGGGUUUGGUUGCUCGGCGGGCCUGGUUAGUCGGCUCGUUAUUGUUUUCCCAUCAUGUGUAAUCACCGCUAUUUGCCAAUCACAGAAUGCUUUCAAGCGUUUUUUUUCUGCCACUGGCGCGAGCAGAUAUCGUAAAUUACCGGGCAUAAUAGGUUGUAGGUGGAGAACUGUCACGGGUGCGCUUGCGUUACUCACUCAGAAGGUGUCGGGCCGGGAUAUGUCUUUGAGAGAUUAAAUUCUCUUGCCUUGCUCAUUGAAUCGGGUUCGGCAGCGAGUCGUGAACCCGAAAAUUGUCGUGUUUGUGUUUGAACACACCGGUACGUCCACCGGGGAUGAUCGAAGGGGGUGCAUGGGGUUCAUAGUACGGUAAACUUUUUAGAAUGUUCGUCAGGGUUAAACCAUAAAAUAGGUUUAAGCUUAGCUUAGACUAACUGCACGUAUCUGUGGUUGCUACUUCAUGAUUGAUCCGAAUCAAUGAUAGUUGCACAAUGCGUCAACUGAAUGGCUGACUGGGAGUGGUACAGCAGUUGCAUUUUCUUCCAUUCCGGUUCUUUAAAGUGGUGUUACUACUCCCGAAAAAGGUGGAUCUGCUGCUUCCGUUUGCGUUUGUAACGUUCCACGUUCUGCCGGGUCCCAUGCUGCAGCGUGGCCGCCUGCGCUGCGUUCUUCUCUUCUGAAGUACACAACUCGUUGAACCAAUAGUUCCUUCUCAAAGGCCAAAAUUUAAUGGUGCUAUCGACUGCGUCGUUGAUGGCUGAUUUAACUGUACCUGUGAAGUUCUCAAGAGGGGCCUCAUGGAGCUCGCCCUCGUCCGGAACCGUUGCCUCGAAAUUCUGCGUGUAUGCUGAGACGACAUCCGGUUGUUUCAGUCGCCCUAGGUUGUACCAAGACAACCGUCGGUACCGUACAUUGCUGAUUAUGGAGAGUUCUGGGGUAGUUUGACCACCGUUUGAACAUCAUCAAGUAGUGGUCAGAGCCAGUGAAGAGAAUUGUCAGACAAAAGAGGCACAAAACAAGCAACAAAGAAGGUGCGACGAUUAGUCUUUAUCCCUACUGGUGGCAGAUAAUGACAUGAUCUCGAAAUAUUUUGUUGCAGACAAAACGGAAGCUGAAUUUGUUGCGUACUUUUCAACUCGUGAAUAAUCAAUUAUUACUAACCCAAAGUCGAAACUGUUUGAUGAUAGAGCUUCACCAGAGUUGCAGUGUUUACCGACUCGAAGUUACCGUUCGAAAAUCGCAAUGCAAGGCUUAAACAUCUAUAAACUUGUGGUGUACGAUGUUAAUCCCAUUAUUUUCAAGUUGGGACAAACUUAUGUCGCAUGGGUUGUUUUGUCGCAACAAAUACAGGUUGCGACAUUGUCAUUAUUGUUGCGUGAUGGUUGAAUUUUGAUUCACUGGUCAGAGCUGUUGUUAAGGACAGACUUGUUAGAAUCCCAAAAUGGCCGCCACAAUGGCCGACUUUGGUACCUACUCACGAUUUUGAAGGCACAAAUCUCUUCGUAAACAAAACGAGCGCACCUGAUCUUCAUAUUUUAAGCUUAUUACGAGUGAGUAAGAACAGAAUAAUGAAAUGCACUGUUGUGUGAACCGUGCUUCUUGAGAUUUGUGCGUUUGAAGUUCUGAUGCACUGUUGAAGCGGGAGUUCAAGAUGUUUGUCCUUAACGCCAUGAUACGAGAAGUGUCGACAGAAGAGAUUCUGCACGACGAUUAUGCUGAAGUUGAAGCAUCGGCUCUAGAUCCUCAACAUUGCACAUUAUUUCGUCGAUCGUUGCCAUUUGAUCUUGUUCGUAUGCUUGCUCGCAGGGCCUGACACCAACCCCCUGACUUUCCAGAGGACUAUGGUGCACAGUUCAGCUUGGAGUCAUUCACUGGCACUAUCACGUUGAUUAGACAGACGCUUUUGUGAGCAGUUCCUGUUGUGAACAGACGCUCACGCUUGCAGAGGCUCUUCCCUGUUAAUUUACGACCAAACUUGCUACCGGGGCUGAGUAUCCGAUCUUCUCUAAGGUUGAUCGCAGCCCGGCCGAUUCUACGAGGAGGUAAUUGUAAUUUUUAUAGACAAACAAGUCGGCCUCUAUUAUCCGGAGUCGUGUUCUGAAGCUUCCCAAACAAAUAGGCUGGCGAAUUUUAUGUUAUUUUCGACAAAACGUCUAAACUUCAACUUUAUACAACAAUCGUUCGCCAGAACUUUGUUUGAGAAGCAUCGGAACGUGACUUCGGAUAGUCGAGUCUGGUUUUUAUGACUAAAUGUCUCGGAAAUUGUUAACUGUACUUUGUAAAAGAAAGGAUACGCUUUUAAUUGUUAGGUGGCAAACCUCCUACGCACGCCCGCGGUCGCGUUGCGCGCAUAAGUGACUUUAAUUCGCCAGCGUGUGCAAUCUUCUACUACAACCAACAGCUAAGAAAGAGUAGGUAAUCGCAACAAACGGUAGCGACGACAGUAGCACUAGAACGGGCGAGCAAUUCCCGAGUCAUUCGUAUUCGGGAUAGAAGAGGCGCUGGUCGAAAUACUAAAAACGCGCGAGCAAGGUUGUUUGUACUUAUCCCACACAGCUUUUGGGGAGACGUAUUUUUCUUGCGGAAAAUGUGUGAUUGCCGAAUUCAGAAGAUGAUUUGUUAAAAGCGAUUAGUGCUGGUAGUGACAGGAAAUAACCAAAGAUUUACCAAAGAAGGUUGUUCAAUAAGUUCACAGUUUAGUUUAUAUAGUUUGAGAAACAAAUCAUCAGAGUGAGUGAAAGUGAUUCAAUAUGCAGAUAAAAUCAUAUCAGAAACAAUGUGUUAAGCAAUAAAAAGGUGAUUGUACGGCCACACCAUGUUCAUAUAGAAUACCCAACGUGAAGUUACAAUAAGCAAUUAGUAAGUUUUAUUGGUUGUGAAUCGUGAAGAUAAACUUGGGAUACCUACACCUACACACCUUUGGAAGCGGAGACAUCAUUCAACAAGUAUGACUUAGAGUGUGAGCAAACGAGCAAACUACAACAGCAAGCGGAAACGGUGCAGUGAAACGAUCAACGAUCAACUAUAAAUAUAAUGGCAUUAUUUAAUAAGCUGUUUUCGACCAACAAGAAGCGCAACGCAAGUCAAUCAUCGCAAAAAACUAGCCCGGGCCAAUUUCCCUUCGCUGCCGACCAGGUUCGUGUGGUUCUCUUUCGCGAAUGUGACAUCCGGGGACGCAAACUGCUGUUCGACUCGAGUGCCGUUGAGAAAAUUUCCGAAGGACCAUUGUCAUCCACGGGCGCCACCACAACAUCCGGGUCAACGAACCACAAGACCGUGCCGCAAACCCAAAAAUGCGAUCACUGUAAAGUGCUGUAUCAGCAUAGUUCCAAUCCAAAGAAUGACAUCAAAUCCCUGGCGGAGAUGAUAUUCGGCUCGGCACCGAUUGCUUUCCAGGGCAGCAGUUUGAAGGUUCACUGGUUGAAAAUUCCUGCUUCGGCCAUGGUGUGCUCUCAUGUGUUUCCGGCACCACAGCCGAAAAAUGCCAGCGGAACUAGCAGUAAAAAAAUCUCCGUAUCGUCCUAUUUGGGAUCGGAUUUUGUGGUAGGAAGCAAUAAUGGGUUCAAUCAUGACCGAUACCCGUCCGGAAGUGAUCUUAGUUCGAUGGACACAACAUCACUUCGGUCCUUUACGGUCACUUCGUCUACCUCAACACAGCAUGAUGUGUCUCAUAACCAUCGACACAGGUUACCUAUUCCAGAGUUCGGUCAACUGGAGCGGUUGAAUGAUCCUCGGUUAUCUACCAAUAGUGGGAUGGAUUCCGGCUACGGCGGAACUGAUCCCUGGCCUAUCUCGUUAAAUAGCUCUCGGCAUCCGUUGUCCUCGCACCGAAGUAGUCUGGCAUCGAUCAGUAGUGACUUUGACUAUUUUCGAAGGCUUAGUACCGAUAUCAACGCGGACUUCCCGCAGCCAGUUAGUGUUAGUGAUUGUAGUCAAUACGGAAGCUUUAAUCGUCGAGUGUCGAAGAAUUUAUCUACGUCGUUCGAAAACCGCCUAUCUAUGGCCGACCACAUAGGCCAUGUGGAUGAUCUCAGUUCGUCGGGAUCAACCUGCACCAGUAGUCAGGUGACGGCCAGUGAUGGCUGUGUGGGUGGACGAAAUCGCCGAAACAGUGAAACCAUAGAACCGAACAGGCGGAAAGCGCUCAGCGGCGAAGUGCUGUCGACAGCGACGAACUAUUGUAGUAAACUUCCGAGUAAGAAGGCACGUUUAGGGCUGGCGUUGUACAUCCAGUUGGAUGAUGGGUCAUUGCAGGAGAUGGAAGCUUAUUGCUCGGAGCACAUGAGUAUAUUCGAAUCAAUGUUGUGUCGACUGAGGGUGGCGGCGGAAAGUGCUUGCCACCGAUGGCCGUUUUUUCUGCAGAUAAUGCUUACGGCAUGGCAUACAACACAGCAAUGGCUGCUGGAUUUCUUUACGGCUCCACGAUUGGCUAAUCCAGUUUGGAUAACAUUGAGUAGUAGCAGUAGCAGCAGUGCGGGUUCGGGGACAUUAGCCAACAGCAGUUCGACUCAACUCAACCAGGCAGCGGCCCUUAGCAUAGCAAACAACUUCAUGAAUGAUCUGUCUUCGUUGCUGUCGCUGGCCGAUACCAAAGACACUAAAUUAUUCAUCAGCACUCUUUUGACGGCUGUCCUAACACAUCAUCUGGGCUGGGUGAGUACAAUCGCUCCUAUGCCCAGCGGCCAAUCUGAGUCGCUAACCGGCACGGUAGACGAGAAGGACAAGUUGUCAAAAAUAACCGCCAACCACCCGUACAAUGUUCUGUGGGCACAACUGGGCGACCUGUAUGGUGCAGUCGGAUAUCCGGUUAAACUGACGAAAACAAUCAUCUGUGGCAGCCCUCAACUGAGCAACACCAUCGGUAAGAUUCUGAACGUUUUGUCGUACUUUGUACGGUGUAGCGAGAUUAGGAGGACAGUACAGGCAGAAGUUUUCGAAGAGGGGAAGAUUAGGGAGGCCUUUGCCGCUCAGCGGAUUAUCAAUAAUGUUAGCAGCAAUCAGAGUUUGCAAAUUAGUGCGGGACAGUCGGGUGAUAGCAAAUCACCAAAGAUGACGAGAACUGCGUCCGGAAUGGUUCGAUCAUCGACGCGCGUGAAAGACUUGACGGCCAUGGGGAAGGAUUUGGGCGAUGGUACAGAGGGGGAACUCUCUAGUUUACUAAAGAAGACAGUGAUGAACGAUAUUCCAAACGUGUUGGUCUAUCGAGAUUCUAGAUUUGUGCAACAGGAACUCAGGAUUGGUAACAAAAGUAUGGAUACAGAACUGUUGAUGAAUGCCAGGGAGAAACAGUUCUUGGAAAUGAUCUAUCAUAUCAAAAAAGAACAGAAUAGACCACCCAUACGAAUGACCCUAACCCAACCGGAUGAAACCGGUCAAGAGGCAAUAGAAUUAGAUGUAAGUGAUACGAGGGAUACAGAAUCGAUACGAUUAUCGACAUUAAUCACAGACAAUAGCAUCGGAGAUACGGUAAAUGGGCCUCGGUUUUUGUGGGGACUGGAACGAGUAAAGGACGGCAUUUCAUUGGAACAGUUGAAAUACAUCGACGUUCUGCGCGGUAACUAUGGUUCGUUGAAGCAAAAUCGCCCAAAGGAUGAAGUUGUUUUCGUACUUGGAGAGGAUGAACAGCUGGUAAACAUCAAACAAACUCAUUCUUCGACCGCAACGGAUAGAUUAAGUGAGCUGGGAGCAGUAGGUGGGAAGAAACCGUGCUCCCACAGCAGACUUCGAAAACAUUCCGUUAUUUUCAAUUUUGAUCAAUAUCCUAAAGUGGUCGAAAACUAUCUCAAGAGUCAAAAUCUUGAACUCAGCGAGCAUGAUUUUUUGGAAAAGGGCGUAAGAUUAUCGCUUAAAUUUCACCCGGAAGCAGACUUGUCCUCUUCUACGGAUCCCACUGAAGAGGAUGAAUGCGAUAUUUGCCGCAAUACCUCCCUACUAUACUUGCAGACCCCAACGAAUGCAUCAGAACUCGAAUUCUCCAGUGACCUCAAUGAAGGAAGUAUAUUCAGUUCAGGAAAUGAACCGUCUAGUCAUGAUAACGCAUCUAACUCAUUCACCUUAGCCACUGUACAAGAGCACGUCGAGAUCAAAGCCAAACAUCCGGACAGCAUAUUGAAAUUAGUGGACAUACCAAUAUCUAAGCCAAUGAGCGCAAGUAACGUAAAUGAUGAGAACAACAACGACAAGACUGAUAAGUUAAGAAAAUUACCCAACAAAGCUGGGUUUAUACCCUCGUUGUUCUCUCGAGUAGCGGACCACUAUAUUCCGGAUAUGGUUCUCCAAGGCACCACCGCCCCUCCCUCCAAAUGGGAACGGAACCUCAAGAAGGAUCUGAGUCUUGCCUCGCGAUUUGCCCUCAUGGAGCAAUAUCCCACGGAAAACCUCGCUAUUGUGGCCAACCUUGAGACCCACGAUGUUCACCUAGUAACGUCAAACCAUUCGUCACUAGCCCCCAGCAAUCCAAACGGGGAUCUAGUAGGCAUGUCGCAGCUCGUUUCAUCCAUGCUGGAAACGGUACACGCCAUGUGGAGCUCCGGAUUGUCCGCCUUCCAGUGCAUGGCUUUUAUAGAGUCCAAACUGCGGGAGAUGUACCUUCAGUCGGAAUCUAUUGCCAGCUUUUUGCUUGCUACGGACUUUUGUUCCAUCGAAUCGAUAACCAAGGCCCUGGACGUCAGUGCCAACGAUAUGCCCCUGCUGCUGUCCGUGGCUUCGAUACACACCCCGGAGGUGACCAAACGAUACGUUUUGCAAAAUCGGUGAUUCGGACGUCGGUCGAUGUUCUGCUCUUUCUCGCAAGGAACCACUCCCUUGCGUGUUAUUGUGAUACUAGGUUAAGGCUACAACAAAGAGCAAUCAACGCUUCAGGAAGAUCUGUUAGUUGUUAUAAAAGGAGAUGACUUAUCAUCAUUGAAAUAGUAGGGCGUGUGCGCGUGAAUGCAGCAGCUCUCUUUAACCAAUGAGAUGUGAUUCCAAGAUAGCUGCGACUGUAGUUAUCUCAUUUGCCAGAAUAGAUAAUAUGUAGUAUAAUUGUAUUUUUAGAUAACAUAGGGUUAUUUAAUCAUUUGAAAGUAUUUCUGCUGAUAUUUAAAACUGAGGAUCCAGUAACAGUUUACCAAAUAGGUAGACCCACUACCGUGUAACAAAAUAUAUGAAAGCAAUGUGAAAAUU